GGAUUACAACUCUCCUUUCAGAUGCAUUAAAAGGGUGAAUAACAAUGCCUGCGCUAGAGGUUUUCAAUCGGCGCUGGCGGAUCGGCAGCGAUGACUUGGUGAUCCCUGGAAUCAUUGAAGUGUUGGUUCGAGCUGGAUGGCUGGGUUUAGUGAUCACCCUGUUUGUCCAUCAUGAGGCAGACACAUCCCGUUGUGAACAGGGCAAGUACCUCCUGCGAAUCUUCCUUGUUGGGAGCAUGGUGAUCCUUGGGGCCACACUCAUCACCACUGUUGCCCUUGUCUACCACAGCAGCAGGGGGACCAUCAUGGAUGUGGCUCCACGGAAACAUGUCCCAAAUUUGCUGAUCACAAGGGUCAUUCUGGGUAUCCCUGAAGUUGCCUGGAAUGGUAUGGGCAGCAUGUGGAUCAUACUGGGGCUGGUCAUGUGCCACGAUGCUCUGUCCAUUCUCAUGAAAGCUCUGGUCAUCUACACAUGGGUAGCCAUUGGUGUGAUUGUAAUUGGGGUGUGGCUGCUGUUCGACCCUAUGAUGCGACCGAACAGGCAAGGGCCUAAUGAGGGUAGCUACCUUGUUGAAGGCGGUGCUUUAGGAACUCACUACAUCCAGUUGUGGGAGAAACGGUGUCGUUUCCUGUGUUGCUUGACAUCUAGGGAUGAGAAUAGCUCAGAAGCCUUCAAGAAUGUUGCAGAUGUAUUUGCCUCACUUUUUGAGGAGAGUGACCUUGUGGCCUCAGAUGUGGCUGCAGCGCUGGUGCUCCUGCGUCUCAAGAGGAAGCAAGAAGAACGCCAAGAGGAAGCCAUUAGGAAAAAUAAUCUUCAUCUGCCUCUAAGUCGCUCCUCCACAGCAAGUAUUGGUGCCCUGCAGAGUGAAGGUGCAUUACCCCACCAACAAUCCCCUAGGCCGGAAUGGAUGAAAGUGGGCAGUGCAUAUCAUUUCAUGAAAUUUGCCUUGGCUUCCUAUGGCUGGCCAUGGUUUGUGUAUGGCCGUUUCUGUCAGGCUUGUUGUUCCCUCUGGAAGCAUCUACACUGCUGUGCAAACUGCAGGGCAGACCCAUCCCUAGAUGCAAAAGACAACUGUUGCCUAUGCAAUACGGCUGCGCUGAAAGCUAUAACAGGGCUGGAUCAAGAAAGCAUUUCUUACAUCACUUUCCAUAAUAAAAUUUAUGAAGUCCCAUUUUUCGUUGCCAUUGACGAUGAAACAGAGCACGUUGUGGUGGCCAUCAGGGGGACAUUAUCACUUCAGGAUGCUAUUACAGACCUAACGUGCCAAUGUACAGAAGUGGAGGGUGCAGGGCUUCCAGAGGGUUGCCUGGCUCACAAAGGAAUGGUUCAUGCAGCCAAGUUUGUUCAACGCAAACUAGAGGAGACAAGGGCACUGAGGGAAGGCUUGGCAUCACGUCCUGGUUAUGGGGUUGUCAUCACAGGCCAUAGCUUGGGUGCUGGUACAGCAGUAGUCUUGGCAGCUCUGAUGCGACCACAGUUUCCCAACCUCAAGUGCUUUGCCUUCUCUCCGCCAGGUGGGCUCUGCUCAAAGGAAUUUGCCCUGGCCACUCAGAGCUUUGUGAUGUCAGUUGUUGUGGGCGAUGAUCUUGUGCCUCGUCUGUCCAUGAAUUCCCUCCACGAUCUACGCUACAAGAUCAUGUGUGUCCUCAACACUUGCAGACAGCCUAAGUAUCGCGUGCUGGCCCAGGGAUGCUGGUACAUGCUCUUCGGCAUUUCCUCAUCAUCGCUGGAAUCGGUUAGUACUAUCGAGAGUCCAUCGCAAGAUCGUCCACUCCUUGCAAAUGCUGCAAAUGCCUAUACUUAUCAUUCACCCAAAAUCACGCAGGAGAGCAUGGAGGAUGUGCGGGUGACUUUCUCUGAUGAUGACUCGAGAAGGUGCCAAGUGCCACGACACACAGAGACACCGCUCUAUCUUCCAGGAAGAGUCCUCUACUGCAACCCAAGCUUGCCUGAGGAAGAAAGAUUGGAUGUUGUGAGCAGUGAGUGGGAAUACCGAUGGGGUGACAUGAACGAGUUCACACAGCUGCUCAUCUCGCCUUUCAUGAUGCGACACCAUUUGCCGCAGGUGGUUCUUGCAGCCUUGGAGGAUGUAGCACAGCAGGUGGCAUCCCCAAGCUAACCAAAUGUCCUGUGGUGCUCUGAUUUUAAUAUUGGGUUUUAAUGAGACCGAAAAAAAAGGAACUAUGGAGUACACGCAUUAUACUGUUGUCUCUCUUUCACUCUCUUGCUCUCUUCUCAUGUUCUCUCUGAUGGUAACAGCAUGAUGUAUUGUGUUAGUUCAUAAAAUUCAAUCAUCCUGAGUGUGUUAAGAGCAGUCACCUGAAAUGUGAAAUGCCCUUUCUGAUGGACGAAUAUAAAAUAGUGAAUGAAAGAGAUAGUGAUGAAUGUUUUUCAUUUUCUUCUCUUUUCAUUCCUUCAUUUUUUUGUUAUAAGGAAUAUAAAAGCAAAUUUGGACUUUCAGACACUGAAUACAGUGGCAUAACACUUUGAAGAGAUUGUUUAGAACACAACAGAAUUGAAAUUUCAGUGUUUGAUCUAUGACAUAUCCACAUCUCAGUCACAGCUGUAUUUUGACAUCCAGAAGAACCAUAGGUGGCUGAUUAGCAAACCCUGCUUUACUUACUGUAUCACUCGUGUAACAAUGUUGCAUAUUGUAUAGUAGGGUAUGUAUUAAUGACAAUCGAUUAAUAAAUGAAUAGUUUGAAAACUAUGCUAAAUAUUCAUCAUCUUUGAGAUGAAAUGGUACUUUGCUCAUAUCUUUGGAAAGUAGAAGUGACAAUAUGAACAGUUUCUAGUGGUAGAAUAGAUUAUGGUAGGAUUUUGCUGGUAACUCAUGAAAGUAAGAUAACAUGAGAGUUUACCAGAGUGAAUAGAGGGGAAUAUUUAUAUUUGUUUACCUGGUAUGUGAAAUAUUUAUAGAUAGGAGGAGGAAUUUAUAGCUUGUAACUUAGCCUGAUGGUUAGCUUCUGGCAUGCUACACAAGAACACUCAGACUUUAUGGAAACAGGAACAAAUCCUAUGUGAAGUCCUUCCUUAAUGUUUUGUGAUAAAUAUUAUAGUCACUGCCAUUGCCCAGGGGGUGAGAAGGUACCUCUAGGUGUGAAGGACAGAGGUUUAAUACCACAGGCUGAUGUUCCAGCCAGACUUCCAGAAGGCCACUGUUUAGUGUGAAUGAGGGAGUUCUUGGGAUGACUUCACAUUGAGACACAGCAAUGCCCUAUCUUGCUGUGAAAAUGCCCCAGUUGAUCUCCAUUUAGCUUCAAAAUAUGAGCCUUGUCUAUUGCAAUAGUACCUUUAUUGCCAAUAUUUAAGGGUUGUAGGGUAAAAAGGAAAGAAUUUGCUCACUUUGUUGUCCUUUUAGUGGCACUCUUAAGACCAGAUCUGUGAGGAUGAAGACCUUGCUGUUGUAAAUCAUCUCACUACACCAAAUAUUCCAACCAAAUGCUGAAUGCUUUCAUAUGCUCUCUUGUCAUAUUAGUUAAGAAUACGUCCUAAGCAUAUUGAUUAUUGGUUUGCUGUGUCACCACUGUUUCUCAAGAUAUAAACACAACUUGCUUUUUUCUUUCAAAGGGCAUGAUCCUCGUUUACCACAAUAUUUGAUCAAACAUGACCAUAUUUUAAUCCAUUUGAUACUAGUGCAUGUACUGUCCACUGUAGUUUAUUUAUUUAUUUAUUUUUACACAUAGGUGGCUCAUCAAUUACAAAGACAUCAAAUAGUCAAUUACCAAGCAUGCCAAGCUUCACCUUUUUAUUGUAGUCCAUGAAUAAAAAAAAUCUAUUGCU